UUCAGAGCAGAGUGAGACCUCGUGGUGACUGCUUGUGCGCGCACGCGGCCUAAAGAGACUUCCGCGACGCCGCUCGAGACAGAGAGAGCGAGAACCCGGAGCGCGCGCGCGCGAGAGAGAGAGAAAGGGAGCGAGAGAGAGAGAGAGCACGAGAGGCAAAGGAGGGGGAUUUCCAGCGCGAGCCCCCACUUCCCCUGGAGCCAGCCGUUGUUUUGCUUUCGGUCUGGACACAGAAACAGAAAUAAAACGACGAGCGACACUUUCCCCCCGCGCGGCCCGAAGCUUUAAAAACCCACGAAUUAAACCCAACUCGUCCUGAAGUUCGUCCGCGCGGCGUGUUGUUGUGACAGCAGGGACCGUGAAGCUACAGGCCGUCCGGGCUGAGCAGGUAACGUUUGGUUUCCGCAUAUUAACACUUCCUACAGGACGACAUGACGGCUCCCUGCGCCCCGGUGUCUGUGUGACAAAAUGCCAGUGGAGAGAAUGAGGAUGCGACCAUGGCUUGAGGAACAGAUCGAUUCCUGUCAGAUACCAGGACUCAGAUGGGUUAACAAAGAAAAGAGGAUCUUCCAGAUUCCGUGGAUGCACGCCGCCCGUCAUGGCUGGGACCUGGAGAAGGACGCCCCGCUCUUCAUGAGAUGGGCCAUACACACUGGUAAAUACCAGCCAGGUAUAGACCGUCCGGAUCCAAAGACGUGGAAGGCAAAUUUCCGCUGUGCCAUGAACAGCCUGCCGGACAUCGAGGAGGUGAAGGACAAAAGCAUGAAAAAGGGAACGAACGCCUUCAGGGUGUAUAAGAUGCUCUCCGCUGCAGAGAGGAACAUGAAGAAAGGAAAGAAGAAAGACAAGGAGGGGAGGCCGAGGGGAAACAAAGAGUCAAAGUCGCAUGCUGAUGCUCACGGUCGACCUGUUGACUACACCAAACAGGAUGUGAAGCAGGAAACCACGGAGUUCACGGUGACGGACAGCAUCUCAGCCAUCCACGGUUCAGUCGACGGCCACGUGAUCACCAACGAGCAGCUGCCGUUCGUCUGUCAGACGAUCGAAGUGACCACCGAGAACGAAGAGCAGACCGUUAGCUCCUCACACUCGUACCCGCUCCAGAUCUCGCCGGUGUCUUCGUGCUGCGGCAGCGACACGGACAGCGACACAGAAACCACGAAAGAGGGCGUCUGGACGCGGGGCAGCGCAUCAGUUCUCAGGGUUUCCUCAUGUUCUCUCCCCGGCAUGGCCACGUUCGUCACCGCCAACAAGGCCAACUUCAGGGUGACCAGCACGCGGGACCCGGCCCCGCUCAUCAGCUACCACAGCGACGGCUGGGCGCCGGCACACAGCCAGAACUCUAUCACGUCGGCGGCCGCCAGCCAGACUCACGAAAUGCGCGCCAGCGUCAUUAUGAAAACAUCUGACGUCACCUCCUCCUGACCUCUAACCCUUAGACGAGGGAGUGUCCACACUGCUUCCAGGGCAUCGGAAUGACAGGUUGUUUUCUCCAUCAGUGCCGCGUGAAGCCUAAAGAGGACGCGCUUCAUAAAAACUUUGAUUUUUUUAUUGUAGCUUCUGUCUGGGCCACGAGAGAAAAUGCUGCUGUUGUCAUCUAAAUUAGCCUAAAUUGGCUUCACAUGUCCACAAGUUGGCACGCCUUACGAGAAGUUUAUUAUUUCUCCGCCUGCAAAGGUCUGCAAGACAAUUCCAUCGUCUUGCCGAACAUGUGCAGUUUAAAAUGCAUGACAACAUGGAUCAGACAACACGUGGAGUCAAUGUGCACGCAUGACCACAUGUCCACAUCUGUUUUUGGACUACAUAUGGGCGUGUAGACGCCACAGUCAUCCAUGUGUCACCGGUAGAUUUGUUUGUCUGCUGCUUAGUGCUAACACUUUAUCAUGCAACCCUGCCAAAUUCACCACUUUUAUCGGACGAAGGAGAAAAAAGCUUUUAGUUGUGGGAAUGUCUUUGUUUUUAAUGCACAACCAGUCGAUGAAUUGAAAAUAUAUAUAUGUAUAUGAAUCAUCUUUGACUCAGUAUUUCCUAGCUGUGUCCUCGUUUCCAUCCACAUCGUUGUGGUUUUAAGCUGUACACGAGGGAGUCACUUUUGUAUUUCGUGUAUGAAACACACGAUGAUUUAUCAGAUCUCAUUCAUAAAACUGCCAGACUUGGUCACACAUUGUUUAAGACGAUUCACCAUGAAGUUUUCGAGACGCUCACCUGCCUCAUCUCCAAACGGCAUGAGCUCGAGUGUUAGCACGAAGCAUCGCCGCCGAAUGCCGGGACACAUGGUUGGAAGCAAAGAUUGUUUUGUUUUUUUCCUAGAAUCUAGUUUUUGUUUUUAAUAAUCAAACCGUGAGCACAAAAACAGUCCACAUAACGACAUCCGUGUUGGCAAAAAGCAGCAAGUUGCAAAAAGAAUCAAAGGCGCGUCGCUUUGUCGCGAUAGAGUCGAUACGAAGCCCUGCAGUGGGGAAAACGCAGCCCGCGUGCGUGCGUCUGUCUGUCUGUCUCGUCUGGACACCUCAGGACAAUGUACCCGCCACACACACAGACGGAUGAACAGACAGAAAGAAUGACUCACUGACAGACAGACCGACAGACUGUGAACAUUGUAUUCGUGUCUCGUCCUCCUCUCUCCUGCCUCCUCGUGUUGAUAAUGUACAUAGCUCAUAUGUAUUUGUGCCUGCAAGCCGCUUCUCUGCACCUUAUGGACAGCACUGGUGUGUGUGUGUGUAUAUGUGUGUGUGUAUAUAUGUGUAUGUGUGUGUGAGAGAGAGAGGGAGAGAAAAAGCCUUAUUGAAGAUGUGUGCCUUUUUGAUAGAGUGCGGCUGGAUUCAAACUAAACAAGCCUGCGAUGACACAUGCAGGUAGCUUUCAGGAAUUGUGUUGUGCCCCCGGCAGGCAGCCUUUUCGAGUGUGUGGAGCACGGAGGAAUGGAGAAGUGGUCAUAUGUCUACGCAGAGAGGGGAGAGUCCUGACCUCGUUAACUUAAAUCACCUUUAGGGAAGUGAAUCUGCAGUCAGUGCUGCACAUUUCUGUCGAUAUCCUGCCACGGCAACACAGAAUAGGAAAGUCUUCCCAGAGGACGCCGAGCUCUGUUUGUGUUUCAGCCACACUUGUAAAUCUCUUGGCUCCAAGAAUUUUUUUCCCAGCUGACUUUCCUCUGUUUUGUCAUCGCGUGCACCUCUCCAUUCUUCCUCGCUUUUUUUUAUUUCGAUAAACAGCAGCCACUAGCCUUAAUCCUGACGUCUUAAACACGAAAUCGUUGUUCUUGAAGUGUAAAUCUGAGCACAGAGUGACAAACUGUGGCAGCAAAUUCAACAUAAGCUCAGUGGUUUUUAUUAUUAUUCAGCAUAAUAUAAUUGACUCUAAAAGUACCACAAUAUGAAAUGUUCAUAUUAGGUUCCCUGUGGAUUUUUAUGGCUCCUCACUUAUGAACUAUGAGAAAGCUCCUCGUGUGAGCAGCGAGCAGGCUGAAGUCCCAGCCGGCCUUUAGCAAACAGAAAAAAAAAAAAACAGAAUAGGAAAUCUUCCAUGAUUUUUGUGAACCAAAGCACUAAAGAGAUUUACACUGGACCAUCAUGGUGAAUUUAUUUAAGAUUCUCGCUGAAUCAAAGGAGUCUGGGUGACAAAUAGGCAUCGCUUUACCAAAAUGUUUCCUACAUGUGCCUUUUUUUUUGUUUUGUUUUAUCGCUUCGCAUACUGAAAUCGCUUCUUUUCGUGUGUGUGGUUUACACAUCGUGACAGUUCUCAACAGACUAUGAUACACAGGCAAUAUUUAAAGCAACGUAUGCUGACAGCACCACAAACACCUGCUUUUUUUUUCUUUUUUAAACUACGCAUUUGUCUUUGUGAGCCUUUUUUCUUUUUUUUUUUUAAUCUUCAGCAAUGUCACAGUGUCUGAGUGCGAUAUUGAGAAAUAAACAGUUGACAGAACAAAAAAAAAACACAAAAAACUGUUGUUGCAUUGAUCAAAUCAGAUGCUGUUGAAUUAUUUGUGAGACUUAAACGUGCUUGGCAUAUAAACAUGAUCUAUAUCAGGUCUUUGCCACCAGUGCAAAUGUAUUGAAUUCAAAUAAAAAGUUUGUUUUUAAAUAUCGAAGCCUGAAGUUGAUCCUAAAAGUUUAAUCUGAGUGAUCGGAGGUCAAACAUUCACACCCUUCCUUGCCUCAAAGGCCACGAUCAUGUUAAUAUGAUACGGACAUCAAAAAGUCCAUGUGUGUGUAAAAAGGGACGUCGUUGCAGCCAGAAGUCAACAGUGAACGUUAUCGUCUUUGCUUUAUGUAGAACCGAGGCGUGUCCCAGAGUUUCGCUCGGCACGUACCAUAAAAGCCAAGAUCACCGUUCAGUUCGACGAAAAAGAGCUUAACGCAAUGCAGCAAAGAGAUUUGCCACAACUGUUUGUUCUCUGUACAUUAUGGAAACUACAUGUGAAUCAAUAAAGACUUUUUGUUUUUGUAUUUAU